CCUAGCCUUGAGAGGCGUCGACAGCUUCAAUAUACGACAAUGGCCACUUCCACCCAACCUGCGCCCUCAUCGGCCGUCCUCCUCAUAUACCCAGCGACGCUACUUCUGGGUUCACUAUUCUCAAUUAUAUCACCGACAGCUCAUGGCUCUAGGGCACUCAUACCUCCACCAUCCCAAUUGCCAGGCCCGCUAGCACCUUCUCUCGCAGCGGAUCUGUACUUAUCUGAAAACCCAGUCAACUACUUCGCACGGAAGAACAACAUCUUCAACGUUUAUUUUGUGAAAAUUGGAUGGCUGUGGACUACUCUCGCCUUCGCCUCACUCCUCUUCGCCCAGCCCUCGUACUACACACCCUCGCUCUCUCCAUCACAACAGCAAACGCGAUUCCGCCGUGCCUUACAAUCUCUUCUACGAUAUGCACUCGUGACUACCGUAUGGUAUCUGAUGACACAAUGGUUCUUUGGUCCACCGAUUAUCGAUCGAGGCUUUGUAGCUACCGGUGGAAAAUGCCGGCACGCCAUUAACAAGCUGAGCGCGGAGUCCAUUUCAUCUGCCAAACUGGAAACAGUAUUUACCGCAGGAGCCUGCAAAGCUGCCGGUGGAGCGUGGACGGGUGGUCACGACAUCAGUGGACACGUUUUCAUGUUAGUGCUAGUGACAGCGCACUUGGCAUUCGAGGCGAUCGGCGUUGGUGCAUAUGGGAAUUUCGCAGGCUCAGCCACGCGCCCUGAAGCUACUAAUUUCCGUGAGCGAAAAACGAGUGACCCAGAUAUCCCUCAUACUGGAAAUAACGAUGGUCUUUCUGGUUUUGUGAGGACUUGGUCGUUGCGCUUGGUGUGGGCUGUGGUCGGCCUAGGAUGGUGGAUGCUUUUCAUGACUGCUAUCUGGUUCCACACAUGGCUAGAAAAGUGGGCUGGUAUGAUCAUUGCACUAAGUACCAUUUAUACUAUCUAUGUGCUUCCGAGAAAACUCGCGUCCUGGAGAGAUAUCGUUGGGUUACCAGGGAUAUAA